AAAGGCGCCGUUGCCCAGCAGACAGCCAGGCUGAUGGGAGAGUCUCUUGCAUUCUUCUCCACCUGCUGCGCUGCCCUGCGACCAGCCCCACUUCACACGUCGUCACCUUGCAAGACGCGACCGUUUCACCGCGACGCCCACUCCACCACGCUAUUCCCGUCAUGUCUGAGGCUGGGGAUGGAGGUGCGGGCUCUCCGCCGCCGCCAGAUGUCGAAAAGACGAUCGCUGUCCGCCAGCGCGGGCACGCUACGCGACAGGACCUGGCGGAAAUCCUCCAGCCCAUGUUCGACGAUAUGGAGCAGAGGCUUGAAGCGAGACUUGCAGCGAAUAUGGAGCAGAUAUUUGCGGAGAUGGCGCGAGUUACGGCGAUAGCGGUUCCUGCAAGUGUUCUCAAUGUCACUAUCCACUCUCUCAAUUCCAACGUUACAGAUCGAAACCGAGCCCUUGGUCCAAUUGUGUCGCUUGUAACAGGCAAGCACAUUUUGGAAACCAGCAAGUCGAUUGCUGAGCUUAGCAAUCUUUGCGGCAGUAACUUGAAUGACCACCUUCAAGCUAUGGGCUUAUCUACCAACGGAACUGUUAGGGAGAAGCAACUGCGAAUUUGUCGAGAGAUGGGUAUUGUAAGUCUUGAGUAAAUUGUAGCGGGUUUAGGUUACAGCUUGGAAGCGCAGGGGCGUAAGGCCACGGCAGGUGGCUUGGGACACAGGGACCUGGCCCAAAGGGGGGAAAGUCACGUGCGGUGUUGCUUCAUAGUGGCACCCGAGUUUGCCUGUCUGUCAAUUAAACAAAAAAUCUCGCGAGCGCAGCGCCGACAAUCGAGCCAAACUCUGAUGCUGGCAUCUGGGCCUGGCCAGACACACCAUUCAUUGUGCGCCGCCGAUAUCCUCGCUGCAUCCGGCCUGUUUCUAAAAACUUUCAUUUUUUGGUUUCGUCUUCUCCCGACUGGAGACGCCUCUCGCGAUCAGCUCAGCAUCCUUGAAUUGCGCCCUUCCCAAGCCGAGCCGAACAGCGCGCGCCGCCAAAAACCCGGCAGGGUCAGCACAGCCAGCGACGCGCCACCAACC